UGAGCCGCGGAGGAUUGUGGGAGGAGGUUGUCUCCAAUUUCUCCUCCCCCUUCCGCGCCCCCACUCCCGGCCAAGAUGUCUGACAUGGAGGAUGAUUUCAUGUGCGAUGAUGAGGAGGACUACGACCUGGAAUACUCUGAAGACAGCAACUCUGAACCAAAUGUGGAUUUGGAAAAUCAGUACUAUAAUUCCAAAGCAUUAAAAGAAGAUGACCCAAAAGCAGCACUGAGCAGCUUCCAAAAGGUUUUGGAACUAGAAGGUGAAAAAGGAGAAUGGGGAUUUAAAGCACUGAAACAGAUGAUUAAGAUUAACUUCAAGUUGACAAACUUUCCAGAAAUGAUGAAUAGAUAUAAACAGCUAUUGACCUAUAUUCGGAGUGCAGUCACAAGAAAUUAUUCUGAAAAAUCCAUUAACUCUAUUCUUGAUUAUAUCUCUACUUCUAAACAGAAUUCUGAUUUUUUAUGUCAGAUGGAUUUACUGCAGGAAUUUUAUGAAACAACUUUGGAAGCUUUGAAAGAUGCUAAGAAUGAUAGACUGUGGUUUAAGACAAACACAAAGCUUGGAAAAUUAUAUUUAGAACGAGAAGAGUACGGAAAGCUCCAAAAAAUUUUACGCCAAUUACAUCAGUCCUGCCAGACUGAUGAUGGAGAAGAUGACCUGAAAAAAGGUACACAGUUGUUAGAGAUAUAUGCUUUGGAGAUUCAAAUGUACACGGCACAGAAAAAUAACAAAAAACUAAAAGCACUCUAUGAACAGUCCCUUCACAUCAAGUCUGCCAUCCCUCAUCCACUGAUCAUGGGAGUCAUCAGAGAAUGCGGUGGUAAAAUGCACUUGAGAGAAGGUGAAUUCGAAAAGGCGCACACUGAUUUUUUUGAAGCCUUCAAGAAUUAUGAUGAAUCAGGAAGCCCCAGACGAACUACUUGUUUAAAAUAUUUGGUCUUAGCGAAUAUGCUAAUGAAGUCUGGAAUAAAUCCAUUUGACUCACAGGAGGCCAAGCCGUACAAAAAUGAUCCAGAAAUUCUAGCAAUGACGAAUUUAGUAAGUGCCUACCAAAAUAAUGACAUCACUGAAUUUGAAAAGAUUCUAAAAACAAACCACAGCAACAUCAUGGAUGAUCCAUUCAUAAGAGAACACAUUGAAGAGCUUUUACGAAACAUCAGAACGCAAGUGCUUAUAAAAUUAAUUAAGCCUUACACAAGAAUACAUAUUCCUUUUAUUUCUAAGGAGUUAAACAUAGAUGUAGCUGAUGUGGAAAGCUUGCUGGUGCAGUGCAUAUUGGAUAACACUAUUCAUGGCCGAAUCGAUCAAGUGAACCAGCUCCUUGAACUGGAUCAUCAGAAGAGGGGUGGUGCACGAUAUACUGCACUAGAUAAAUGGACCAACCAACUAAACUCUCUCAACCAGGCUGUGGUCAGUAAACUGGCUUAACAGAAAACAAGCUUUUACAGUUGUACUUAAGGCAACAGUGCAGAGAUGUAAUCCUUAAAGAACUGGGAAUGGCAAAACUACUGUCGGUUGAUAUGUCCUGAAAAUUAAUGGAGUUAUGGCAGAAGUGCUUUUGAUCAACUGGUUUGUGUUUUGCUGCUGCAUUUAUCCCAAGAAAAACAGCUUUAAUCUCCAGAAGAAAACCAAAAUAACCAUGGGAUUUAUGCUGUAUUGACAUCUUGCCCUAAACAUACAACAUCAUAGUAAUUUGUCAUGGGCAACAUGACCAGAGAGAAGAUUUUUGUCAUGAUUUUAAAUACACUGACAUGUUACUGUUGGUUAAAUUUAAACAUGUUUUACCUGCAGAAAUUCUCUCACAAAUAACCUGCAAUAACUUGAAAUGCAUACCCUUUUGAACACUUCCUUUUCUCAUGUAUAAAUGAAAAUGUUUGCUGCAUUUUGCAAAAUGUCAAAUCUCCAAAAAUGUGUCCGUCUAUUUCUGUACCUGCAGUGUAGUAAAGGUUUAGAUGAAACCCCGUAAUUAACAGUGGCAUACUGUCACUUAGGUUUCAAGCAGCAAAAUAAACAGUGCAGCUCAGAAAUUA